CCUGUAGAAGGAAGGGCCCCUAGCGCCAGACACCAGUAAUGGCCCUGGCUGAUGAUGACUCCCACCGUCGGAUACACAUCUUGAACAAGCCAGUGUAAGUCGCGGCUGGAACUCGGGCAGCAGGCAGGCGUCUGGAGAGAAACACACAGACACAGACGCAGACAGACGGACGGACGGAGCUGACGCCGAGCCGCUCCUGCACACAGCCGGGCUCCCUGCUCUCCGCCGCAGGGCCUCGUCUCCGCUCACAGCGAGGAACGCGGCUGUGUUCGCCGCUCACUGGCGUCUCGAUGGCCGGCUGGAAGGACGGCGCGGUGCAGGAGAAGUACCGGCUGGUGGUGGUCGGCGGCGGGGGGGUCGGCAAGUCGGCCCUGACCAUCCAGUUUAUCCAGUCAUACUUUGUCACUGACUAUGACCCCACAAUUGAAGACUCCUAUACCAAACAGUGUGUGAUCGACGAAAGGGCAGCAAGGCUCGACAUCCUCGACACGGCUGGACAGGAAGAGUUUGGAGCCAUGCGAGAACAAUACAUGAGGACAGGGGAGGGCUUCCUGCUCGUCUUCUCAGUCACUGACAGAGGAAGCUUUGAAGAAAUCUACAAAUUCCAAAGACAAAUUCUCCGAGUCAAAGACAGAGAUGAAUUCCCCAUGAUCCUCGUAGGAAACAAAGCAGAUUUGGAACUACAGAGACAAGUAACCCAGGAAGAAGGCCAGCAGCUCGCCAGACAAUUAAAGGUCACAUAUAUGGAGGCUUCAGCCAAAAUCCGAAUGAAUGUAGACCAAGCUUUCCAUGAACUGGUUAGAGUAAUCAGGAAAUUCCAAGAACAGGAAUGUCCACCAUCACCAGAACCUACGAGAAAAGAGAAAGACAAGAGCGGCUGCCAUUGUGUGAUCGUCUGAGUCUGCCUUAUUACUGUAACUCAUGCAGCUACUCUACCACCCAACCCACUCUGCCUGACAUCAGAUCCCAAGAGGACGACUGACCGCUGCCUUUUCCAUGUGCAUGACUUCAGACAGCCUUUUCUGAGAUACUUUGACCAGGAACUGCUGUUCCCAGGACAUCGCUAUGGACAACUGACAAUGCCAAAUUUUAACACCACUCUACCUUCAGCUGUAAUCAAUUUCACUUGCGAGAGUCCCAACACUAAACAUUGCCUUCUAAAUCAACUUGACAAAUUAAUAUUUUGUACUCUGAAGGACUUCUCUUGCCUUGUAGUGACAUUUGUAUUGCUACCGAGUUUGAAUGAAAUCUAUAUAUCCAGAAUGUUAAUGAAUUUCUUUAGUUUCCAGUGUCUGACCAGAGCAGAAAGAUUAUCUUAUGAAGCUUUGCGUAUGUUGUGCCAUAUCCACUUUUACUCCCAUGUGCUAAUCUGCUACUGUACAUAUGUGACAUUUGUUGUGAUUUUCAAAGUGUAUUUCUAAUGACCUAUUAAAUCACCACAGUGCAGUG